ACAAAGUAUGUAUUCCAAGGAUAAUAAUGUCUGCAACCGAAUAUAAGUGGCCUUUCACAAUCAGGCGUAGACAAUUUCCUUUACGAUUGUCCUACGCAAUGACUAUAAAUAAAAGCCAGGGUCAAACCCUGGAAAAGGUUGGGUUAUAUCUUCCUAGACCAGUUUUCUCACAUGGUCAAUUGUACGUUGCUGCAUCGAGAGUGACAUGCUAUAAAGGACUAAAGAUCUUGAUAGCAGGACAAGAAGAAGAAAAUUCCAUGUACACAAAAAAUAUUGUAUAUGAUGAAGUUUUUGACGAUCUCCACACAAGUCAUUGAUCAAUGAAUAUAGACGCCAAAGCCAAGAGCUGAAUUUCAGCCAAGAAUAUCAAAGUUGAAAAUCAACAAAAGAGUUCAAAUUGUG